AUGGUAGUUAAUGCCAUUGGAAAUGCCACUGCUCGCCACAAAAUGCUUUGUGUGUACGUGGUACUCGGAAAUCUUGAUCCACACUUGAGAUGUCUAACGGACAACGUCCAACUAGUUCUUCUAUGCAAAAACAAAGAUUUUUCUUAUUUUGGGCCAAACGUGAUUUUCCGAAGGUUGGUCGAAGAUUUAAAGGUGCUGGAAGAGAAGGGUAUCGUUAUACCCGACGGCAACGAUAUGCAAAAACGAGUAUUUGGUUCCGUGUUCACUACCAUGAAUGAUAAUCUCGGAGCACAUCAGUUAGUGGCGGUUCUACCAGAAAAUCUGGAUUCUGCUUUAAUGGAUCCCGAAACGUCUACUACAGGACAAAUCGCUAGAGAGGACGCCGUUGAAACUGUUAAUGAAGUGAACAUCACCCAAGAAACUGUUGAAGACAAACAAGAAAUUUUAGACCUUGGUUUCGAAAUAGAAAACUCAGCCAUUGGAGUGGACUUGGUAAUCGAGAAUGGGAUUAUAAUUGAGGAGACCGAAAUAGCCAAUCUUAUACCGACAGCAACUGAGGUAGAAGCAGAACACAUCGUGGACACAUCAACCAAUCAUAUCACAACAGAUGAAACUUCAGUUCAAAAAAGAAAAAUAGCGAAUGAUUUGGUAAUUGAAAAGAGUACAAAACGACAUGCAACUACGGACAUGAAAUUCAACUGUUUUGAAAUAAAUUGGAACAAAAUAAGCGAUUGUGUUCUACACAAACUGAAUGCUUGGCAAGAGUUCAAGAAUACAAACCCUCGUCAAAAAGCCCCAGCUAAUUUAAAAUUGACGAAAGCGGACAAAUGUAGCAUGGUGAAUGCUAUCAUUGAUCAAUUGAGAAUGAUAUCAGUAGUCAUACAUUUCGAAACAUUCGAAAAAGUUUCGAAACAAAUUAUCAACAAAUACUCUUGUUUGGACGAGUAUGACGAAAGUGGUUUGGCAACAGGCAAAGGCUACGUCAGCUUCAAGAACAAACUGAUAGAUAGAAAUGGUUAUCUUAACCGUUUCAAAACAUCUUUAGAUACAGGAUCUAAACCGGUGAAUUCGAAAAUCAAACGAAACGUACAAGCGGGAACGUUACAGGAGUACUGGCUAACAACUUCUAAAGAAUGUUCGAAAGAAAUAUUUUCAAAUCUGAUGAGGAACGAACCAGAGUUGCUCACCGACAAUUUUCUAGAAGAGUCUCAAAGUUUCGUUCGUUAUCUAAUGGAUAGCACCCCGAUCAUUGAUACAAUCAAUAAAUUUCCGGUUCUUAGACGUCAUGCGAUGUUGAGCUUCCAUUUCAUGAAAGCGACAGGUGUUGAUGGUAACAGUAUGGCUGUAAAUUUUCCAGCAGGAAAAGACUGCGCGAUUAAGUAUUCGCAAACGCUAAAAAGCUCUGUUAGACUUGGUCAAACUGCAACGGAUUACGAGACCUUACAUUUCCUAUGCAACCAACUAGGAGAAAAACUGGAAAACAUCAUACUAAGGAAAGAGAUCGGCACCCGGUUAGAUACCUUAACAUUCGACUCUGGUAGUCCACUGUUGGUUGAAAUUGAUCUCGGUCAAGGACAAUCAAUGUUUUACGUAUUUGCAGAGCAAACGCAACUCACCGAGGGUUGCAGCGAUAUAUUAGUAGCUAUGAGUGAACUAAUCAUGAGCCACUAUACAUAUAACUUUAUGUAUUCGAACCAAGCAUCAAAAUUCCUCGAGUUCAUUCAAAUUUAUUUUUUCAAAAUUAAUCCAUUGUUUGGGUCGAAAUCAACUGCGCGGAGAAUAAAUCGUCAACAACGCAUGGUAAUGAAAAUAAUUGAGAAGCUCACUGAAGUUGCUGACAUUUGA